GUACACAAACAUCAAUUUUGAAUCUUCAUUGUUUUUCUUUCUUAAUAAUAUCAUCAUCCAAUUCUGAUACAUUAAUCAAGGUUCCAUGAAAGAAAGUGUAGAAGAUGUUUUUACCAAUUUGCCAGAUGAAAUUCUUGGCUGCAUAGUCUCUUUUCUGCCAAAUCAAUAUUCACUCCAAACCACUCUCAUAUCUACUAGGUGGAGAAACUUAUGGAACCAAAUUCUCGUUAAACAUGGAACUAUACAAAAUAUCCCAAGUGUUGUUGCUCAAUUUCUAACCAAUUUUGACGAGUUUGAUCCAUUAAAGCAACCGCGCAAGCUUCAAUUUCACUUUGGUGAUGACAAUACACUCUUUGCAGCUAUUGCAACUAAUAGUAAGCUUCUUCUUGAUUUCCCUUUUCGGAACAAAAAACUUGAAAAAGAAUAUCAACUAGAGUUCAAGAUCGAUAAACUUGCUCCUUCUUCAACUUUCUUAGUCAAAAGUCUCACUUUGAAAUCAAUAAGCUAUUUGACAAGUGAAGUAGCUUCUUCCAUUGUUUCAAAUUUGGUGCAUCUUGAGAGCUUGAUGAUCACUGAUUGUUGUGGAUUGCAAUCUUUGUUCAUUGAAUCUGAAACAAAGCUUCAUAAGUUAACUAUCUUAGAUUGCUUGCAGUUGAAGUCUCUUCAUCUUAGAACUUCUAAACUUAAAUCAUUUCGAUACCGCGGACCUCUUCCUCGGAUUUGGCCAGAAUCUCAUUUCAACUUAAGUCAUGCCAGCCUUGAUUUCAGACAAGGCCUAAGCUGCAGUGACAUAAAGGCUCAAGAAUUUGAUGAAACACUAUUAACUAUAAAGAAUUCUGAAGUUCUUACUUUAUGUCAAUGGGCUUUUGAGGUACUAAUAUGGCCAUCAAUUUCUCCUUUAAAUGGAAGUUUUAUAUUUUAUAAAUUAAAAGAGCUAUGGUGGAUAGAAAACCAUGAAAAUAAAAACAGCAUCAAUGCGUUAGUUUCCUUCUUGAAAUUAUGCCCUUCUUUGGAGAAACUUUUUGUAAUGAUUGAUUCAAAAAGCUAUUCAGCUCCAAGGUCCAAUUCAGGCUUAACACAAGCGAUUAAAUAUAUAGAAUUGGAGCAACUAAAAUUGAUACAGUUUAUGGAAUUCACAAAUCCAAUGGAUGAAUUUUCUAUGGUAAGAAAAAUAAUUCUGCCUCCAAAAAUAGAAACAGCAGAUGGGAGCUGUUUGAUGUAAUGUUUUUGGACUGAUUCUUUAAAGAAUGAAUGAUAUAAAGAAGUGAUUUUGACGUAUUCAAAGGGAAAA